CCUCACUAUCAGCCUGUGCUUUGAUGUGACACGUGAAACUCGGUGCCGACGCUGGCUCAUAACUGCCCAUCCAUCCUAGUACUUUCACCCACUAUGCCCAAAGUUAAGAAGGGAUGUCAUCUGCUGAAGCAUGCAACUUCAAAUGUGCGGAAGAAGCUGGCUCCGCACUCUGAGCUGGGGUCAGGCCCCACUUCUGCGCUGGAAUUGAUAGAUACACACCUCCAGUCCACUUCCACGCAACGGAACUAUAGCUCAGCAAUAACCAAUGCCAAGAAGUGGUUGGAAGAGAAUUGCCUCAAGUACAGUAACCCACUGUUGUCAUCCCCUGAGGAUCCAAAUCCGGAGGCAUAUCUCUUUCAACACAAGGAUGCUCUCCUUGCUUUCGACAAACCUGUGGAAAUUACUGCCAAACUACUGGCUGCAUACAUCACAUUCCGCGCUACUGAUCAGAACAAGUCUGUCUCAACUGUAGACAUACUCCGCUCCGCGUUCAAGUGGCACUUCAGGAAACUAGGAUUUGAGGGCACUUGGCAUCCGCACCCUUAUCCUGAAAAGUGCCAGGGAAACCCAUGUGAAUCCAGUCUGAUCAUUGACCUUGUCAAAUCUGUGAAGAAUUUGCGCACAUCUGAGGGAACUAUCCGGAAUCAUGCAAGGGCAAUCCAGAUUAGCGACAUUAAGGCUAUUCAGGCUGUCACUGCUACUCAAUGUCCUCCAGACCUGAUUAGCAAGGCUCUUGACCCUAGUAUUCCCAGCGAGUCCUUCACCCUUAAACAACGUGACAACAUCCGCUCCCACCUCAUGUUGUGUACACUAACAUCUUUGGGCUGGACUCUAUGGACAAGGAAUGAAGAGCUCACUUCAAUCCUUAUUCAGCAUCUUGAUUGGGGACACGAGGAAGUCAGUCACAACCUUCCACACCUGCGCAUCACCCUGGUUAACCGCAAGGGCUGGCAAAAACAGAACCAUAGUGAUGAGUCUGGCUGCCAAGGGACACGGUAUAAUAUCUAUCCCCUCUAUGGCAUGGACACAUUUUCCCAGCAUGACGGACCCAAUGUGACUCCGGAGCUUGAUGCAUAUUGCCAUUACUGGUUUGCUCUUGCACCGGUUUUCAGAAGGUGGCCACUUCAUCAGUGCCAGUGGUGGGGUGGGUGGGCACCUGGAGAAAAUGCUCUCACAAUAUUCCAGCCAUCUACACUCCUCAAAUAUGCUAUGGAUAUGCUGAUCACCACAGAAACAAACUAUGGCGACUCACUUGCCCCGGUUCACAUUGACAACUUAGAGUCUCAAAAUGGAGCGAUGUCGCAACUCAAAGCAAUGACUGCAGAAGAAGCCCGCUCUCAGUUUGGCCACCUGGGUGAAUACAUGGGCCGUUUUGAGGAACGCAUGGGCCGGUAUGAGGAACACAUGCACCACUUCAGGCAUGGGCUCCGAAGCAUUGAUGACAGAUUUGCUUCAUUCCAAGUCUCACUGGAUCAACUCAGGCACACGAUAGGCUAUCUUAUUCCUCCUCACCCUGUUGCCUUCCACCACCAUGUUACUGUUCAGCCAGGAGGACCCACUCAGUCAAUGUGGCCACAGCCAACCUUACCCAGUGCUGCUCCCCCCCUUCCCCCCCCCGGCCCCGUCGCUUCCUCUCCACUUGCCCAGUCUCUAUCCCACCCUCCAUCAGGCUCCAGUCGGCCCCAGGAGCACCACGAUGAUGAUGGCCGACCCGCUCCGGGUGCUGAGCACACCACCAUUCCCCCAGUCCGCACACUUAAGGAUGCCAUUAAACAAUGGCUGCAUGGGGAUGAGAAUGAGCUCCGAGUGCCACUGAAGAACUGGAAGCGGGAAUGGUACACUGGCAAGCACUCGAGCACACAUGGAGUGACAUAUGGCAAGCGCCGUCGUGUUGGCCAGAAAUAUGACGAAAUGGGUGAGGCGGAGUUCCUGAAACACUAUGGACUGAAGAUGAGCGACAAUUUCGGUACUGCACUUGAAAAGAUUGGAGUGGAAGGGAAAAGAGACGGCACCAUCAAGAGUCAUCACACAUACCAUUCGCGAGAGAUCAGCGAAGAGAUCUGUGCAUGGCUAGAAAACCUCACGGCCCAUACAUCCUCUGAAAACCAUCCGUUGGAGACGGGACCGACAGUGUCCGAAAGCGCUCGAGUAGGAAAACCCAGGGGAUAUUUUUGCUGA